GUACAUGUAGGUAUAGGUAUGUAGGUACCUACAUAACUACUAGGUAUGUGGUACCGAUGCAAUCAGAAACUCAAUCUCUGAAACCUACAUGUAUUGACAACUAUUAUUGGUAUCAAUUUAUGUAUCUACUCUCAGCCCUACAUUUAUAUUAAGACUCUUUAUAUUUACUACCUAAAGUACAACAUUCAUUAUGGCAUUACAUCGAUCAGCAUUGAGGUGAGACAGGGAUUCCGGAACAAGCCGCAGCCACAUAAAAAGCCGUCUCCCACCCCUGCAUUACUGGACACCGGCCACAGUCCAGACCGUUCCUAGUGCAUUUCUUUCGUGCCGACCCCAGAUUCUGGCGCGAUUCUUUUCCCCCUACGAUGGCCAUUGGCUAUCAAACACUAUUUGGCUUCAUGCCGCGCCGAAACAUCCUCCUCCCGACCCUUUGCAUCGUCCUCCUGAUUGCGGUAUGGACUUUCCGCGCCUCACCCGAUCGUUGGCUUGAUGCCAAUACCCUCCGGGGCACAUCGUCGUCGUCGCCACCUUCUUCCCUCAGUCCGCCGACGCAAGCACAUAACGAUGUUGACUUAUCAGCGCCGGACGCGCCCUUUGUCGGCUGGCCAUUGCAAAGGGUGUGCGAUGAGGCUAAUUGGGUGCCUGGGUUGGUCUACAUCUGCGACAACAACUCAGGAGGAAUAGGCAAUAUAAGAAACUAUAUCCACACUUGCAUACGGUACGGUCUCGAGGCUGGCGCUACUGGUCUUGUCAUGCCCAAGAUUCGGAAGCGCAACGAUACGGACCUUGCCGACCUUUUUACCGACUACCUCCCCUUUGACUACAUGUUUGACGAGAAGCAUUUCAAAGAUGCCUUCAGCGCAAACUGUCCACAAAUCACACUCUACGACGACCUCAAGGACAUACCCGGUGUAGGCAGCAAGCCUAAGAUUGAACAAAUCACACCAAAGAAGUUUGGAAAUCGGGACGGGUGUGAUUGGAGAGACCAGAAUCGCCACACGGACCGAUUUGGCGAUCGAUUCCGCAGGUGGCUCCAUGAUCCUAAGAACGGGCAGCCCGCACCAUCGAUGGACCGCCCACGACUGAUCCGCUUUAACUGGGGCGUUCUCUGGGACUGGCAGACCUACCGUGACGGGCCGGAGUUUGCUAACACGUUUGGAAGCAUCCUCCAAUUCAACAGCCAGAUACUGCGUCUGGGAAACAAGGCGAUUGCAAGAAUGCAAGCUUACGCGAGGGCAAACGGGGUCAGAGACGGUAGAUUUCUCGGGGUGCAUCUCCGCACCGAAAGCGAUGCGCUGGGUUUCUGGCCGACAUACGCAGUCCAGAGUGAGGCGUACCUCAAGCAAGCUACUAAGCGAGGCUUCGAGGUGGCGUACAUAGCUACCGGGGACCCGCUAGAAGCGCAGAAUUUCGCGGGUGCGGCCAUCGAAAUGGCACAGAUGAGGGUUGUCACCAAGACGGACCUGUUAGAGGACGAGGAUCUGGAGGAGUUGGAAUCGUUGAGCUGGGAUCAACAGGGUUUGGUUGACUUUGUUGUGUUGUUGGGGAGCGACUUUUUCGUAGGCACGAUGCCCAGCAGCUUCUCGAUUUACAUGGCCAUGAAGCGGCAUCUGAAGACGGGAGGACUGUACACGAGACCGUACAAGGUGGGAUCGGAAGGGGAUGGGCUGUCCUAUCUGGUAGGAAACUACGAAAAGUACUGGGAAGGUUGGCUCUUCAUGUGGGACGGCAUGUGGCCUUGAAGUUUUUUUUGCGGUUUUGGUUCCUACGGUAGCUAAGAGGCAUACACGUUGAAGAUUACUAUGUAGAAAUUUGAGAGCAUCAGAUCAUGAAUCUUUGUACAUAGUAGCGAGAAUGAAUGCUUACUACUAGGUAGGCAACGUAUUAACAUGCAUUUAAACAUGAUAGAAAUAAAACAUGUAAUUUAUGCAACAA